AUGUAAUGCGAUGUAUUUGAUUCAAAAGGAAAGAUUAUGGUUUCAACAGGUAGAAAUGCUAUUAUUAAAAUUUGGAACUUCGAUAAUGGAAUGAUCAAAUAAACUCAUUCACUUCUUGGACAUUAAGUUAUCUGUCUAGUCCAUAGCUAAAUUAAUAAUUAUUUUGUUUCAGGAUCUUCAGAUGGUUCAAUUAUUAUGUGGAAAUAUUAUGAUAAUAAUGAAUGGAAAAGUUCUAAACUAUAGAAUAAACAUAAGAAAUAUAUUUAUUGCAUAAUCUUAACAGAAAAUGAGAAUUAAUUGAUAUCAUGUAGUGAUGAUAGUUCAAUUAAAGUAUGGACGGUAAAUUUCAAUAAUCAUGAAUCAAAUUUUUUAUAUUCUUUGGAUAAACAUGCAGGGUCGGUUUAUUCUUUAAGCUUAAAUUAAUCAGAGAAAGUAUUGGUUUCAUGUGGAAGUGAUUAAAUUAUAAUUUGGAAGAAAGAAAUAAAUACUUAGUGGAAGUUCUAGUAUGUUGUUAAUUAAUCAAUAUAAGAAUAUGGAUUUCAUGUGAAGUUUUUAAAGGAAGAUUAAUUUAUUUGGGCACCAUAUAAAAGUAAUAAUCUUUGUGUGUUUGAAUGUAAAGAUGAUGGUUUAUAUCAAGAAAAUAUAGAGAAAAGAGUUUAAUUUAAAAAAGAUAAUAAAGGAUUAGUAGGUUUAAGUGGAUUUCCAAUUAUUUAUAAUAAACUCAAAAAUAUGAUAUGUCUCAGACAUGUGUGUCAUAUUUGUCUACUUAAAUUCGAAAAUGAUGGAUAAUUAUCUAUUGUUGAAGAAUUAGAUUGUCUUAAUUGGGAAAUAUAUGGAACUGUAACAAAUAAUGGACAAUAUUUAGUAUUUUGGGGGAAGAAGAAGGACACUUAUCAAGCAUAUGAAAUAUUAUAUAAAUGA